GGUGCAUGACGAUAGCGAAGAUGAUGUAUCCUUAAAGAGAGAGAGUGUCCAUGCUGAGUUGUGAGUUUCUCCUCCCGCGGUAUAAAAGCUCACCUCUCUCCAUCCUGCCGCAGUCUGCAUUCGGUUUAGAGAUGAGCUACCCACUGGACCACCUCUACGGCCACGGAUCCUACCGCAGGACACCGCAGGGCCUCUCUGCCCGGCCUGCCGCUUCCCUCUCCUCCUCCGGCUUCCACUCCCAACGCCGCCGCCAGGCCUACAGCCAGACACCCUCCGCCGACAGCUUGGAGAUCUUUAACGGCGACAUGACUCGGAGGAACGAGAAGGAGAUUCUGCAGACACUCAAUGACCGUUUCGCCGGCUACAUCGAUAAGGUGCGGAACCUCGAGCUGAUGAACUCGAAUCUGGAGCAGGAAGCGGCAGCGCUGCGACAGAGCCAGACCGGGCGCGCUACCGUGGGAGAGCACUAUGAGCGCGAGCUGGGGAACCUGAGGGGUCUGGUUCAGCAGCUGACCGGGGAGAAGGCAUGCGCACUCUUGGAGCAAGACCACCUGGAAGAGGAUAUCCAACAUGUGCGGACCAGGCUCGAGGACGAGGCACGCAGCAGGGAGGAGCUGGAAGCCAAGGCACGCCUAAUGAACAAGUAUGUGGAUGAGUCUGGGCUCGCACGGCUAGAGCUGGACAAGAAGCUGAGCGCGCUGCAGGAAGAAGCAGCGUUCCUGAAGAAGAACCACGAGGAGGAGGUGGCGGAGCUGCUAGCACAGAUCCAGGGUGCACAGGUGAGCUUCGAGGCUCGAGACACAAUCAAGGCGGACGUCACGAACGCCCUGCGGGAGAUCCGCGCUCAGCUGGAUGGACACGCGACCAAGAGCGCAACGCACGCGGAGGAAUGGUUCAAAGUGCGUAUGGAGCGGUUGGCAGAUGCAGCUCACUCUAACACAGAUGCGAUCCGUGGUGCCCAGGAUGAGAUAGCAGAGUACAGACGGCAGCUGCAGAGCCGCACCAUCGAACUGGAGACCCUCAGAGGAACCAAGGACUCACUGGAGAGACAAUGCAUGGAGACUGAGGACAGACACCAUGGAGAUAUCCACUCACUACAGGAGACUAUUCGUCAGCUGGACGGUGAACUGAAGAGUACUAAGUGGGAGAUGGCCAGCCAGCUGAGAGAAUACCAGGAGCUGCUGAACGUCAAGAUGGCUCUGGACAUAGAGAUAGCAGCCUACAGGAAGUUGCUGGAAGGGGAGGAGACUCGGUUCAUACCUGGGCCAAGCCUGUACUCCUACUCCUCUGCCCACCUGAAGCUGAAGGGGGAGGAGCUCUCAGACACAGUCAUACUGGAGGAACAGACGGAUGAGACACAGGUCACUGAGGUGACAGAGGAAGCAGAAGAUGAGGAAGAGGAAAAGGGAGAGGAGACAGAAAAGGAAGAAGAGAAGGAGGAAGAGGAAGAGGGAGAAAAGGAGGAGGAAGAGGAUGAGACCAAAGCUGAGGAAGAAGAGGGAGAAGGAAAGGGAGUUGAGGAUAAGGGGGGAGAGGAAGUGGAGGCAGGUGAGGAGAAAGAGGAAGAGAAGUCUAAGUCACCUGAAAAGGCUGCUUCGUCUCCAUCCAAAUCUCCCCAAUCUCCCCCCAAAACCCUCCAGCCCAAAUCACCUGCCCCCAAAUCACCUGAAUCAAAAUCUCCCCUCCCCAAAUCACCCGCCAAAUCUCCUGCCCCCAAAUCACCUGCCCCCAAAUCACCUGAAUCCAAAUCACCCCAAGCCAAAUCUCCCCUCCCCAAAUCACCUGCCAAAUCUCCCCUCCCCAAAUCACCCACAGCUGUGAAAUCACCAACAUCUACAUCUCUCCCCAGCAAAUCCCCAGAGUCUAAGUCUCCCACUCCCAAAUCCCCUCUCCCAAAGUCUCCUGAACCCAAGUCCCCCAUCCAGGAGAAGGCCAAGCCCCCUGCAGAAGACAAACUGGCCAAGCAGGAGAAGAAAGAGAAGGAACAACCCCAGCCUGUAAAGGAGGAAAAGAAACAAGAGCCAGAACCCAAGGAGAAGGAGAAAUGUGAGAGCCAGCCUAAAGAGGAGAAGGUUGAGGAGAAGACAGACAAACCAGAUCCCAAGGAGAGCAAGCCAGAUGAGAAUCCCAAGAUUGAGACCCCAACACCUGCCCCCCCUGCUGCCACCCCGGCCAAGCCUGUAGAGGAAAAGCCCGCCCCCGCCAAGGAGAGCCACGGCCCUGCUAAGAGAGAAGAGGAGAAACAAGCCAAAACAGAUGACACACCCCAGGUAGAGGUGAAGCCUGCCCCCAAAGAAUCACCACAGAAAACAGAGAGCACAAAGGAGAAGAAAGCAGAGCCCAAAGAGGAGGUGAAGGAGGAGGAUAAGAAGGAGGACAAGAAGGAGGCCUCUAAAGCAUCUGACAGUAAAGAGGCAAAGGAUACGAAGGAGGUAGGGAAGGCAGAGAAGGACAAGAAAUCUUCUGGCACUGAAGUCAUAGACGAGAAAUCUCCUGGCACUGAAGUCAAAGACGAGAAAUCUUCUGGCACUGAAGUCAAAGACGAGAAAUCUUCUAGCACUGAGGUCAAAGACGAGAAAUCUUCUGGCACUGAAGUCAAAGACGAGAAAUCUUCUGGCACUGAAGUCAAAGACGAGAAAUCUUCUGGCACUGAAGUCAAAGACGAGAAAUCUUCUGGCACUGAAGUCAAAGACAAGAAAUCUUCUAGCACUGAGGUCAAAGACGAGAAAGCCAAGAAGUGAGUCACUAACACGCUGCAUAUGAGCCAGGAGAAGAGAGACGCCAAGGAACUAUCGGGAGGUGGGGGGGGGGGGGGGGGGGCUUCUGAAGCCCUAAGCAGCCUUUGUAAAGGGAAGCCAAAGGGAAGCAGAACAGAGCAGGAGACAAACAGUAAAACAAACAAAGCAAUAGCUUUUCUCUAGUUACUAUCCCCCGGGUACUCAACCCUGAUAUGAUGCUUCUUCUAAUCUAUGACUGUAGUGAAUGCAGAAUGCUCUAAACUCUAUCUGAAUUGUAUCUAUAUAAUUGCCCGUAAAUAAUAAGUGCAUUAAAACAGCAGCUUUGCCUUGGCUGGGAGCACAGCACAGGGCUAUGCACCUUCUAAAGCCUUCAAGGGUAACAAUGUCAACAAAUGUCUAUAAAAGAUUGUGACAGAUCAAUAUAUUGUACUGUAUGUGUAUAUUUAUGAAGAUAUAAAUGUGUAUAUUAUAUUAACAACUAUAAAAAGCAGAGAAAGACUACAAACCUGCUCAUUGUGCAUCUUAAACAGCUCCCUGUCUGAUGGUUGUGCUGACUCACUGUGCUGUGGUCAGUAAUGAUACCUAGGCCAGUGAGGAGAACUCUGAAGUCAGGGAUGACUGUUCUAUGUAUAAACUGCUGAGAGUAUGCAAUACAAACAGAUGAAAUAAUAAAAGUUAAA